UCCCUCACGGGAUAGGCUACAAUCUAUGCACAGUGGUGCAGUAGCCUACAUCAUUCUUACUAAAUCCAUUGUAACAAACACUGCAGAUAGAACAUGCUAUUUUCCUGCUACUCCAGCAAGCCUUUAUUUUAACAAAUACAUUGUGAUCAUGUAUUACUGUAUUACACUAAAAUGCUAUCAUUCAGCCUACAGGCUAUAACUACUUUUUUGUUUAACAGCUGAAAAUCCAAGAAUCUUCCAUUCCACAUGGUGUCAGUAAUGUUCCAUUAGUUGGAUUCAAUCCACUUUAAAGAUUUGCACGAGGGAAACAGGCUCUUCCAACAUGGCGACCUCCACAGACAGCAGUGAUGGCUCAAAGUCGUCCAUACCUACCUUGUCCUCGGACAAUUCAAGUGAUCCAACUUCUCAUUUUCAGUAUAGUCUUAUAUUGGAACAUCUUAUUGGAGACAGAAAGCCGAUCAAAGACUUGAAUCCGGGCGUUAUGGGCGGACUGCCGAGUCCACAGAAAACGGACCAGGAGAAGAUGAUCGAACGAGGAAUGGAGAGCUGUACGUUCAAAGCAGUGCUCGCAUGUGUUGGAGGUUUUGUGUUAGGUGGUGCUUUUGGUGUUUUCACAGCUGGCAUUGACACCAACGUUGGAUUUGAUCCUAAAGACCCCCUGAAGACCCCGACAGCGCGCGAGGUCUUGAAAGAUAUGGGCCAGAGGGGUAUGUCUUACGCCAAGAACUUCGCUAUUGUGGGAGCAAUGUUUUCUUGCACAGAGUGCAUCAUCGAAUCACACAGAGGCAAAUCAGACUGGAAAAAUGCCGUGUACAGUGGAUGUGUCACAGGAGGAGCAAUUGGAUUGCGGGCUGGUUUGAAGGCAGGUGUGUUGGGGUGUGGAGGAUUUGCUGCGUUCUCGGCAGCCAUUGAAUACUACCUGCGGUAGAACUGACGAGCAUCGGUCUCUUUUGCAGUCACACAAUAUUGAACUGGAAUCUUAUGACUGGUCCACAGAUCUAUUCGUGUGAAAAUUAGGAAUAUGCGUGUGUUACGUCAAAUAAUACCCAUUGUAAUUGAGAGGGAAGGCUAUUUCUGUUAGGGCCAUUUCUGUUUGCUCUAUUUAGCCUAACUUUGAACAUAUCUGAGGACUUCUAAUUCAGUCGUGCAUUUAAUGAGUUUUUUUUCCCUCUGAACUCUACAAAGUCGUCUUCAAUGUGAAUAAUAAGAGGUCCUUUGUGAAAGUUGUGGUCCCACUAAAUAAAGUGGUGUAACACCUGAUUAAAUUAAAGUUAACAUUAACAAUUGAGUAAUUCAA